AUGAAGACAUCCCUUUUCUUACUUGCCACUGCAGCUCUGCAAGCAUUUGCAGCUCCAGCUUCGUCUGCCACAAGUGAUGCCAAGAUCCUUAUUAAGACUACACUUGAGGCUGAUUCAUUGACCAAUAUCUACUGGGAUUACGGCUCUCAAUCCAUCAUAGGGACUGUCACUCUCUCUUAUGGAUCCUGUGAGGACGGAUCAAUUGCUCAUGAAAUUGAUCAAUUUGAUGUGCUUGACGACUUUCAGCCUGAAAAGUUUGCUUGGCAUGUACCUGCUGAUGCUCAAUCGGGUUGCGUCAUUGCAAAAGAUGCCUCUGGUAAUGUCAUUGCCCAAAGCGAACCUUAUACCAUUUCCAAGAAAUUUACCAAGCGUGGUCAUCCGGAACUAUCUGACAUGUAUUUUGACGCUGUUGAUUACCACAAGAACAAAAAGGUAUCCAAACGUGCUCAUGCUUCCAGCAAAAACAAGAAAAUUGGCAUUGUGGGUGCUGGCAUGUCUGGUUUGUUCAGCGGCUUUCUGUUGGAUCAAGCUGGUUUUCACAACUAUGAAAUUUUGGAGGCUAAUGAUAGGCUUGGCGGUCGAGUUCGCACUGCUUAUUUUGGAAACUCUGGCAUCGCUUAUCAAGAAAUGGGCCCUAUGCGUUUCCCUGUUGAAUUUGAACACGAAGGCAAGACUCUUCCCAUUACUGAUCACCAGAUUGUCUUUCAACUUGCUGAUGAGUUGAAUGCCCUCAAUGACAAAUCCUACAAGAUUGAGUUUAUAAAAUGGUAUCAAAGCCGUGCCAACAACUUGUACUAUCGCCAAGGUUUCCGUCUUCCUGAUGGCAGAGUUCCUACCGUCGGCGAGGUGCAAGCCAACUCUUCCAUAGUUCCCAAGAGUGCAGACACCUCUUCUUUAUCCUCAGUGACCAACAAUGUUACUGCCGAGUUCUUUACUGAAGAUUGGUUCAAGUUGAUGGGUGAUGAUCUCUACGCUGCUCAUGAAAAGGCACUGGAAGAAGGCUAUGACGAUUGGUCUGAAUGGGGAUGGCUGCACAACAAGAUGGGAUUAAGCUUGAAUGCUACUGAUUAUGCUACUGGUUUGGGUGCUGGUCAAAUCUGGGAGAACAUGUAUGAUACAUUUACCUUUAGUAAAGCUACCAACUGGAAGACUGUACAAGGUGGUUUAAACCGUAUUCCUCAGGCAUUCGGUCCCGUCCUUGGCAAGAAGAUAACCUAUGGUAUCCGUGUCAGUAAGUUGGACUUUGAUGGUGACAAGGUGUCUGUACAAUGGAAAAAAUCGCCCUAUGACACAAAGUAUAAGUCAAAGAAGUACGAUAAUGUCAUUGUUGCUGCUCCAUUUAGUGUUGUCCGUACGUGGCACCUGCCUCAACUUGAAUAUACCCUGAACCAAGCUAUUCAUAACCUUGGCUACAGUCAAGCGUGUAAAGUGGCUCUUGAAUUCAAGGAACGCUUCUGGGAGAAAUUGGAUCGUCCUAUUCAAGGCGGUUGUGAUAGCACUGAUUUGCUAUCAGGUAGCAUCUGCUAUCCUGCUAACAACAUUGGCACCAAGGGCCCCAGUGUAGUCUUGGCUAGCUAUGCUAGUGGCGAUAUGGGUCUCCGAUUUGCUUCCAUGACCGAAGAUGAACAUGUCUCUCGUAUUGUUGAGGAUUUCACAGAGCUCCAUGGUGAUUUAGUCAAGAAAUAUUGGACAGGCAACUAUGAUCGUCGCUGCUGGAUCUUGGACCCCUUCCAGUCUGGUUCUUGGGCUAGUCCUGAACCAGGUCAACAUAAGCUCUACAUGCCCUCGUACUUUAAGAUGGACCAUGGACUUGUCUUUGUCGGUGAGCACACUGACAUCAAGCAUGCUUGGAUCUCUGCUGCGCUUGAAUCAUCCAUUCGUGGUGUAGUCAUGAUCUUAGUUGAGAAUGGUCAUAUUGAUGAAGCCAAGGCUAUUGUCAAGAAAUACAAUGCCAAAUGGAUGAAGAUCUAA